ACAGUCUACUGGCCUUGUGGUGCCGGCAACUGACUAGGAUCGAGAAAUAGGGUUCUUGGAGAGCGGCCGGUCCAUGGCACAGCGGGGCGAGCUGGGGCGGCAGCUCCCGCUGAGAGGCCCCCUCAAAGCCCUAGAGGCAGACAUCCACCACGCUAACGCCAUGGCAGAUGCUAUUCAGAGGAAUUAUGGUGGCGCAUGUGUGCAGAUGAGGCUGUCGUUCAGCUCCCUGGCUCCAUUGUUUUUGUACUUCAUCCAAUGGCUGGACUGCGGCUGCUGUUAUGCCCUUCCCAGCUAUUUAGGAUUGUUUCACAUUCUCAUAUGCAAGGUUUAUGCUGAUGGAGAUAGCUCAGUGUCGACAUAUGAAAGGCGGGCAAGCCUUAGGGAAUUCUACGCAAUUAUCUAUCCGAUUCUGCAGCAGCUUGAGAGUAGUUUGAUCGAGAGGGACCUGAAAGGGAAGGGCCGAUGCAAGGAUAUAGUGAGUAGGAGGAGGAUGGAGGAUUGGAAAAAGGUUUCCGGUAGGGAUGUGGAAAGGGAGGAUGAAUGCGGGAUUUGCAUGGAGGCAUGCACCAAGAUGGUCCUGCCUAAUUGCAGUCAUGCAAUGUGCAUAAAGUGCUAUAGGGACUGGUAUAAGAGAUCAGAGUCUUGCCCUUUCUGCCGAGGAAGCCUCAAAAGAAUCCGCUCGACAGACCUUUGGGUGCUUACAAAUUCCAACGAUGUCAUCGACCCUGCACAUUUAGAAAAGGAAAACGUGAGGCAUUUCUAUAGCUACAUUGACAGCUUGCCCCUAAUACUUCCUGAUAGCAUUUUCUUUUUCUAUUACGAGUAUCUACUAUAACGCUGAGGCAACAUACAUCAGAUGUGUAAAUUGCGAAAAGCAGAUGAAAUCAUGGUUUUCUUUUGUAGAUGAACCCCCCUCUCACUCUGACCACAUGCAUGUCUAUUUACUCAUAGGCUGCUAAUGUAAACAUUAAUGCAUCUGUCAAUAAAGUUGUUAGGAGAUAUUUA